AUGGUUAAUCCAAGAGGUAUAUUGCUCAAUGUCGAAUCUGGACCGAAUGAUAUCCGAUAUAGGAUCAAGAGAGUCAAUCGAAUUAUCUACGUUCCUGUGUUGAAUCCAGACAUUAUUCCAGAAGACAGACGAACGUAUGGACCAUCAGCAAUCGACGAGCUCAGUAAACUUGAAGAAUGGAAUGACGACUCUUGGAAUACUCUUCAAGUUGACCAAGAUGAGAACGGAGUUAAGUGUUAUAAGGAUGUGGCACACCCUCAUUCUGUACCAGUGCACUAUUUACUACGCCGCUCAAUUUAUGACAUUUCGACUCUCAGGGUCAUUCCGGGAUCCUCAUUGGUACCGAAGCUGCUGGGAUACGUUUCCGAGUCUUCGUCUGCGGCCCGGAUCAUCGGGUUUUUGGUUGAAAAGGUCAAUGGCCGUCACGCUGAUUUGGAGGAUCUUGAGGUUUCCGAGGCAGCGCUGGAUCGGUUGCAUAUUUCUCUUGUUCAUGGCGAUCUGUGCAAAUAUAAUAUCAUCAUCACUGAUAAGGGACCAAAGUUCAUUGAUUUGGAGGAUUCAGUCUUAGUCGGGGCAGAUUCUUGGUCUGAUGAAUUGAGACAGAAGGAGAAGCAAGGCCUGGCUACUAAACUAUCAAAUACAUCUGGACUCGGGCGUCCCUGGGAAUGCCAGACAGGAUAA